UGAAAUCGUAGUUUCAUAUAUUUUUUAAGGAUAGUCACCCUUAUGUCAUCAUAUUCUGAGGAUUCGCGUCUAAGGAUGGGAGAACCGUUUGCCGUCGUCAGCGAGGGAGCGGGACUGGGUGGCCUUGCUGAGAGGAUUAAGGGUGAUCUCCCGGUUGGUGAGCCAGUGUAUAAUAUUCUGUUGUUUCAUGCCCGUGGUCAUAGCUGUGCCUACACUUUCUACACUCUCAAGGAUCACCCAGACACCCACGUCAUUAUGUGGCGCAGCAAAGACGAUACGGAACUUGGUUUUCACUGUCGGGAGAACGAGGUAGAGCUCCUGAAGGCGGCCCUGAAGCAGUCGCUCUUGUUCUCUUGGCAGGCGCCUUUUGAGAUUGCUUAUGUGCCGGCCUAUUUGAUCGCCGCCAUGCAGGAGGUGGCCAGGCACAAGACUGGGUGCUACCUAUCGGAGACAAAAUGCUUUGUCUUUAGCUACAAGUCUCCUCAAGACGACGAGCCUCUUAGAUGCCGAGCGGGGUUGUGUGUGCGUCGCCUCGGGAGGGCUGGCGUCCGCCGCAUGCUGGAGCGCAGCAAGUUCGACCAGCACAGGCCUCUCGACGCCACGGUCCGCUUGGCCCAGGGCGUCGCUUCGGCCGGCAUCUACGAGUGCCUGGACGCCAAAUUUGAAGAAGUUAUCGACCCGGAAAACGUGCCCGUCGGCGCGGACGACGAGACGCCUCUCGCGUGGAUCGGCACCAUGUUCUACGGAGGGUUGGCCAUGCUCAUGACAGAGGAGGAGCACCGCGGGCGUGGGCUGGGGAGCCUCUUGACUCAGGUCGCCGCCAAGAUGCAGGCCGCCCAAGGAUACGCCCCUCACGUCUACGUGGAAAUCGAUAACGCAGUGUCCUCAGCCAUGUUCAGCAAGUUACGAGGCUGGCGCAUGACGCAGAGGGUGUCCUGGAUGCACCCGCCCUUUGUCCAGCCCGCGGACGCCCCCGACACGUGAGAAUAACUGUAAGGGCACGAUAUUAAAACUGACAAGAAA